CUCUGGAAAAGUGAUGACGGUGCACAAGUCCCCCGUGUACAGUAAUCUUCCCCGUGACUUACGUUAGAGCAGGUUGUAAUGAAAAUAACCCAGUUAUUUAAACUGCAUUUCAUCCUGUAAGUCACUUAGUUGAGAAAAACUUGCAGUGCAUUAGAAAGGCAUAAUCUGGUGGCUCCUUCUGGAUUUUGGCAGCAUUUUCACAGCACAAGUUAAAGGGUAAAACACUUCAAUUUGCAUUUGAAUGUAAAUCAUAAAUCUAAUUGCUCAGAGUGUUUUCGGACUUUCCGUAAAGCUCUUUUCAGUCUCCGUCUGCUCUGCAGUAUAGUGUCAUGUGACUUUUUGUUGAAUGAGGGAAUCGGCAAAGACUGCAGGAGAGUGCAAGGUUAUGUUGCUGUGGUUUUUUUUUUGCUAAAUUCAAACAUUGUAAAAAUCAAACGAGCAAAACACAUUAACAUAGCAUUUACACCAAAAACACAAAAUGUAUUCCAUGCUACAGUUAGGCAGGGCUAUCAGCUUUUGCUGAAAUGCAGCAUGUUUCUUUGCAUUAUAAAUGCAACAAUGACAUUUGAUAAGCAGGCGUGCCUCUUUGGAGGUCUGUACAGUGCAUCCUCACUAGGCUGUCUGUUCUGUAAGGUAUGUGGCAGUAGUGUCUUUUUUACAAUUAGCUAGUCUGUAUGUCUUCUGUUUCCCAGGGGCAGCCAGUUCAAAUCUAGUCAACGACUCACGGUGGCAUCCUAGUACAGUUCAAUCCCAGUGGUUUAUAUCCUCCCAUCUAUCAAGUGGUUUGCUUACUGAAUGACAAAUAGAUUUUUGAUUUUAAAGGGGCAGUCUGGGAGAAGAAGGAGUAAUCAAUAAAGGUCUUAAUUAAAAAUGUUCAUCAGCGAUGUUAUUGAGAAUCCACAGCACUGGCUGGGUAGAAGUACAAGUGUGUGUUUCAGGUUGGUGCAGAUAUAAUGUUUUUGAGUUUGUCGUGCCGGGAGGGGGUCACUGUUCAGUUAUCUUGAAAUGUUGUUAUACUUGAGUGAAAACUGGAUUAUUUGGUCAGUGUUGCUUCCAAGUUUUUAGCUAAACAGCAAACCUUACUUCAGAACUGACAGAGAAAGUGAACUUUACUGAAUAACUGUGUAGAUUGGGGUUGUGUCUAGAAUCUAUAGUAUUUCCCUUUUCAAUUAUUGCUAGGAUUGAAUGAGGUUUAUUUAUUUAUUUAUUUAUUUAUUUAUUUAUUUAUUUAUUUCUGAAAACCUUUCUGCUGUUGACUCCAGAGUGUGUGUGUGUUUCUUUCUUUUUUUUCUCUCCGAUUCCAGAUCCUCUUCUAGAAAUACAUUUCUUGUUUUUCGAGUUGCCAUUUCCCUUUUUAUUCACCAGGAGGCCCACAAGAUGGCACACAAUCAUUGCAAGAGGAGAACGACAGACUUUCCCCAGCAGAGCAAAGGCCCUGUGAUAUCUGGUCAAGCCAGCUGUGCUUCAGAAAACUGAUGUUGUUAUUUCAACAGCCGGGCAAAUGCUAGGGCUUCCCUUUUAAAGAAUGCUUUCUUUCUAUGACCCCCACUCUUUGUACAGGAGGCCGUUGCAGCCGGCCCAGGCAGCUUGUUUUGUUACAUUGGAAUAAAGACAAGGUUCGUUUGUGAAGACUCCGGUACCACCACAAAAGCAGUUUACGAAUAAGUGUUACGUUUUUAAAAAUGAAUUUAUGUUAUGGUUCCUCUUUUAUAUGCAGAGAUUUACAGUUGUUUUUUUUUUUUUCCUCUAAUUCAGGGUUUGCAAAUAUAUUUUAAAUAAAACGCUAUUGAAAAACUACUGCAUCCUGGAAAAUGUUUUAUUUAACCACAACACAUGAAGUGCUUAGCAACUAGGAAGCAGCAGAACCUUUGUAUUGUCUGCAGUAUCUGCAUAUUCCAGACUACAAACUACAUGGGAUCUUCAAUACAAGAAAGGGUGUUUAGCACUCAGAAUAAAUAUAUUUUGGAGAUAGUGUAUUCAUUCAUUCAUUCAUUCAUUCAUUCAUUCAUUCAUACAUACACACAUGUACUGAUUAUCAUGUUUCAUGCAUGCAUGUUCAAUGCAAUGCAGUUUUUACAAUGAUGUAAAGCUGAGAAAAGAGGACAUUUCUAUAUACUAGUAGAAACAGCAGGAGAGAAGGGUGCUCUUUUUUGAGGAUCUGUGCUAAUUCUGUUUUAAAAGACCUAUAUCUCGGGAGCUAAUUAAAGAUUAAACAGACUAUCUUUUGAAAGCGGCUCUGGGUAUAUUCACUCCUCUUUGAAGCGAGCCAGGCUUUUAUUAUUGUAAUGUUUUAAUGCCAAAAGGCAGAGAGAGAGGGAAGGGUAUCUUUUUAACUUGGUUUGGAUUUUAAAUGCAUUGCUCCAGUUUUCUAAAAGCAGCAAUACUCACGACACUUGAAUGUUUUGAAAAUGAAUACACCCUACUUUGAUUCAAACCUGAUCUUCUUAAUUAUACUUCAGUACCUGUGUUGCAGGGAUGGAAAUAAGACUCCUAUUGCAUAGCUGUUCCACCCAUUCCAGGUUUUAAUAUGUGCUCUGAUGUGUGUUAGUAAACUCCUAGGAAAACCAGGAAUGGAUCACGCUGCUAUGCAAUGGGAGUCUUAUUUGCUUCCCUGCAUUGUACAUGUUUAAUAAUUGGUGAUUUAAAGCAGCAUAUCUCUUUUUUGGCAUACUUUUACAAUGUAAGAUUUGUUUUUACAUUCAUAAUCCGAUAUGUAAGGCACAUAUUAUCAUGUUAGAUAUAAUGUAAUGUUGUUUUUGUCUGUGAUUGACUGACAGGUGAAGACCCAGCAAGGUGUUUGCAGCCUGGCAGAAACCUGAUUGAUCCAUAUAGAUGAUGAGCUUCCUGGACUCUGCAUCAGUUUAUAGUGAAGAGCAGUGUACACACACGUCAAGGUCUUCUUGUAGCAUUCAGCCUAACAAAACAUUGAAUUAGCUGCUGUUGCAGUCGGUUUCACAGCACCAUGCAGUCACACUGCUGUACGAUACAUCUAGCAGCAGCUAUGCUGGUGCUGAAAGACAAAUACAGUGUAUUAACAUAUUUAUCUCAUUCCAGGAGAGCACAGAAAAUCAAAUGGACAUCUCAAGGACACCAUGCUGUUUACAUUUUCCGAAAAAAAAAAAAAAGUGAUGUUAUUGGGUAUCGGUAGAGUCCUUGGCUCAAUAGAUCCUAGAUACUCACGUUUCUCUUUUAUAGGAAAUGUAGUCUUCUAGUUAAAUUGUUGUUUUCUUAAUAUUUUAAGGUAUUUUGUUUUCGUAUUUUUUUUUUCGUAUUGCAUUUUGGAAUUUUGUGCAUAGUUACUAUUUGAGUAAAAUGUUAAAAUAUGUAUCGCUCACAUUUUAGUAAACAAAAAUCAAAUAUCACUCCAGUUUAGUGUACUCUUUUCACUUGUGGAGUUUGUGUUUCACUCACUGUUUGGAUUCUAAACUGUUGUUACACGAAUAUUUGAUAAGUAUUUAUUGACUGGGCAAAUAAAGUUACUGCUCAAAAGCUAGCACUUGUUCUGCGCUGACACUUGUCAGCUGUACAUCCAUUGUGCUGGCAGGGAAUUUCAUUUGCAUAACCAUAUCGAUUUAAUCACUUCAUCCUAAAAUAAACUCCAGCAGCCUGGAUAUGAAACUUGCACUUGCAUUUACUUAAAGCUACAGUGUCCCACAACCUUGGUCAAUUUUAGAACGAAAUGCUGCUUUCCCCUGUAGUUGAUAAAACACGGAUCUUGUUGAUAGUGUAAUUUGCCCUAGAGCUGUCACUAAUGCAUGCUCCUACUAUCAUUUCUGGCAGCAGGAUGAUUAAAAUAAUCUCAAACUCUGCUAGGAUUAAAAGGACCGCCUAUUUGAAUGGCAGACCAGCCAGAGCAUCGCAGAUUUGUCAAAAUGAAUACGUUUUAAUAAGAUUCAUAACAGAUUCAUUAUCGAGUCUCCUGGUAAACAGAUCCCAGCAGCACCUCAAUGUUCUUGAUUUGUUUAAGGAGGCUGUGUGGUCCAGUGGUUAAAGAAAGGGGCUUGUAACCAGGAGGUCCCUGGUUCAAAUCCCACCUCAGCCCCUGACUCAUUGUGUGACCCUGAGCAAGUCACAUAACCUCCUUGUGCUCCGUCUUUCGGGUGAAACGUAAUUGUAAGUGACUUUGCAGCUGAUGCAUAGUUCACACACCCUAGUCUCUGUAAGUCGCCUUGGAUAAAGGCGUCUGCUAAAUAAACAAAUAAUAAUAAAUAGAUAGUGAUUGCAGUUUUCACCUUGGAGUGGAAAACUCAGCCCCUGGGGAUAAAUAAGUAACCUCCAGUGAACAAGAGUAGCAUUAAACAUCGCUGCCCAGUCUGUCACUUUUCCAGCCCUCGGGGCUACAGAUUUCCAUUGUAAGCCUCAACUCCAGUCAAUAUUUGUGUAAUAACACCCACUGUGCUGGUAUGAUGAACAUUGCAUAAAACCUUCUAAUAACUCUGAAGCCAGGGAGAAGAGAGCUGUAAUAAUUGCAUUGUGGGCAAUCAAGGCUGCUCUGUAUUCAGAGAUCAAUGCAGAAUGGUGUUACUAAUGGAUAAUCUUAUGUGCAAAUUACAAAGCCAAUAUGUUAUUACCAAAUGCCUAUGCCCAGAAUUGAUAUAUAUAUAUAUAUAGUUAUCAGUAUAGGAAGGCUGAUGGCCUUGUGAUACUGCAUUUUUAUUUUUUUGCUAUGAGUAAGCAUAGCAGGUUUAUACUGUAGAAGAAAAUAACUAGAAAAGAGGGGUUACAUCAUACAAUUCUUCAAAGCAUUAUUGCAUUAUUAAUUAAGAAAACAAGGUUUGAUAAAUAUGAAAUCUUUUUCAAGGGUAUCUAGUAAAUAAUUAUCUAAGUUAUCACUGAUGUCAUAUUAUUGACAACAGACAAAGAAGCAUUAAAUAUUCUUUCAGUGCUGAUUAAGUGUUCAAAGUGCGCAAGGUAAGCCUUUGACUUUAGUGGAGUCCAGGCAGAUUGCAUCUGCAAAUACAGACAUCUAACAUGGAAGAAAUAGACAUCUCGGACAAAGCAGGCGAAAGGAAAGGGAAGCUGACUCUUGUCCUUGCGUUGGCCGUUCUGAUUUCCACGUUUGGAUCUUCCUUCCAGUAUGGAUACAAUGUUGCUGUUGUCAACUCGCCAGCUCCGGUUAUGCAGGAGUUUUACAACCAGACAUACUAUGAACGCUAUGGAAACCCCAUUGAAGACAGCUACCUGACCUUGCUGUGGUCUCUGUCUGUGUCCAUGUUUCCAUUAGGGGGAUUCUUCGGAUCACUAAUGGUAGCUCCGCUGGUCAAUAAAUUAGGAAGGAAGGGCACCUUGCUGUUUAAUAACAUCUUUUCAAUCGUUCCUGCUGUUCUGAUGGGAGCAAGUGAGGCAGCAAAGUCUUACGAAAUCAUUAUUGCCGCGCGCUUUCUCGUAGGAAUCUGUGCAGGCCUGUCCUCCAAUGUGGUUCCCAUGUACCUGGGUGAGAUCUCCCCAAAGAACCUGCGGGGCGCCAUCGGCAUUGUGCCCCAGCUCUUCAUUACCAUCGGCAUCCUGGUGGCUCAGAUAUUUGGGAUUAGGAGCAUUUUGGGCAACACCAGAGGCUGGACUCUAAUGCUCGCUCUCACUGGCAUUCCUGCGGUUAUAGAACUCGUUUUCUUGCCCUUUUUCCCCGAGAGUCCAAGAUACAUGCUGAUCCAGAAAGGCGAUGAGGAAAAGGCAAGAAAAGCCUUACAGAGACUGAGAGGCUGGGAGGACGUGGACAGUGAAAUGGAGGAGAUGCGUCUGGAGGAGCAGUCAGAGAAGGCUGAAGGACGCCUGUCAGUUCUGAACCUCUGCUCCUUCCCGUCCCUGCGCUGGCAGCUCAUUUCAAUCACUGUGAUGAACAUGGGACAGCAGCUGUCUGGGGUCAAUGCUAUCUAUUACUAUGCUGAUAGCAUUUAUGGAUCCGCUGGUGUGAAGGAGAGUGAUGUCCAAUAUGUCACAGUGGGAACAGGUUCAGUAAAUGUAUUCAUGACUAUAGCAGCUGUCUUCAUUGUGGAAGCGUCAGGAAGGAAGCUCCUCCUCCUGAUUGGCUUUGGGAUUUGUGGCGCUGCCUGUGUGGUCCUGACUAUCGCUCUCACGCUCCAGGGUGAUGCUGAGUGGAUGCCUUACCUGAGCAUUGCUUGUGUAAUUGUUUAUAUUAUUGGACAUGCAAUAGGACCCAGUCCAAUCCCAUAUGUGGUGACCACUGAGAUGUUCCGCCAGUCUUCCAGACCAGCUGCGUUCAUGGUGGCCGGCUCAGUGCACUGGCUCUCUAACUUCACUGUGGGCCUGGUCUUCCCCUUCAUGGAGAAGGGGCUCGGCACCUUCAGUUUUAUCAUAUUCGGUGCCAUCUGCUUGGCAACGUUGGGCUACAUCUUUAUCGUUGUUCCGGAAACCAAAAACAAAACCUUCCUGGAAGUCAGCCAGUUGCUUGCCAAGAGGAACAAAACUGAAAUUGCUGUUGGGUCCGGGAGCUCCACUGUUAAUGACCUGAAACCAAUGAACAGCAAGACGGACACAAAGGAGGGGGCCGUGGACAUGGCCCGCAGACUCUAGUGCGAGACUAGCAGUUUGGGUCAGUCUUUCAGGCUCUGAAUGAUUUCAUGGUUGAGUUUGAUACACCAGAAUAAAAAAACAAACAACUAGAUACAACAAG